CCCCUCUGCCUCCUACGAGCUCCCCCCUAGCUAGCUCCCCACCUCCUAUAGCCACCCAUGGCCAUCACCACCAUGUGUCGCCACCCCACCUCCACUCCCCACUUCCCACCCACUCCGCUUCCUCGCUCCCCAUUAAACGCCCGUGAGCUAGCACGCGAUCCCCUACACACCACCGGGCGACGUGCUCCGUCUCCAUCACUCCUCGACCGUUGAUCUGUGUCCGCGUUUGCUCUGCGGAGAGGCGCUGCGUCCUCACCUGACGGCGGCCAUGAUAGGCAUCGACCUCAACACCGUGGAGGAGGACGAGGAGGAGGGCGGUCCCUCGGCUGAGCCCCCGAGGGGUACGGUGUGCCUAGAGCUGUGGCACGCGUGCGCCGGCCGCGUGGGUUCGCUGCCUCGGAAGGGCAGCGCCGUCGUGUACCUGCCGGAGGGCCACCUCGAGCACAUCGGGGAGGCGGCGGGCGCGGUGCCGCCCCAUGUGUUCUGCCGAGUCGUCGAUGUCAAUCUCCAGGCGGACCCUGCGACGGACGAGGUGUACGCGCAAGUUUCCCUCGUGGUCGACGACGAGGUACCAAGGCGGAUGCGCCCAGGGGAGAGCGAGGAAGCUUGCGAAGGUGACAGCGAGGACACCGAUGCCGCGAAGCGCCGAGCGCGCAUGCCCCACAUGUUCUGCAAGACGCUCACGGCUUCCGACACCAGCACGCACGGGGGCUUCUCCGUGCCGCGGCGUGCCGCCGAGGACUGCUUCCCGCCUCUGGAUUACAACCUGCAGAGGCCGUCCCAGGAGCUUGUGACCAAGGAUCUGCACGGCACCGAGUGGAGGUUCCGACAUAUCUAUCGAGGCCAGCCACGGAGGCACCUUUUAACCACCGGAUGGAGUGCAUUUGUCAAUAAAAAGAAGCUUGUCUCUGGGGAUGCAGUGUUGUUCCUCCGAGAUGAAGAUGGAGUGCUCCGAUUGGGAGUGCGCCGAGCUGCUCAGCUAAAAAAUGUAUCUCCUUUUCCUGCACUUUUUAACCAGGACUCAAGUCUUAGUAGUCUCGGUAAUGUUGCCCAUGCUGUGGCUGUGAAAAAUAUUUUUCACAUCUACUACAAUCCCAGGUUAUGUGAGUCUGAGUUCAUUGUACCAUAUUGGAAGUUCAUGAGAAGCUUCAGUGAACCUAUUUCUGUUGGAAUGAGGUUCAAAAUGAAAUACGAAAAUGAAGAUGCUUCAGAAAGAAGGUCAACUGGGAUAAUAACUGGGAGUAGAGAGUCAGACCCGAAGUCGCAUGGUUCGAAGUGGAAAUGUUUGGUGGUGAGAUGGGACGAUGAUGUAGAGUGCCGUUGGCCUAAUAGGGUAUCUCCUUGGGAGAUUGAACUUACUGGAUCGGUUUCGGGAUCUCAUCUGUCCUCUCCCCAUUCAAAACGGCUGAAGCCAUGCCUCCCCCAAGUUAAUCCAGAUAUGUUGCUUCCAAGUGGAAGUGUUUCUUCGGAUUUUGCGGAAUCUGCCAGAUUCCACAAGGUCUUGCAAGGUCAAGAAUUAUUGGGUUCUAAAACCCAUGAUGGUACUGCUAAUUCAGCUUCUCGGGCGUCUGAAGCAAGAAAUUUUCAGUACAGUGAUGAUCGGAAUUGCUCUAUCAACAUGAGUAACAUUCCAGGGGUUCCAGAACUUGGUGCUAGAACCCCGCCUGAAAAUCAUGGAUUUUCCUACCACUGCUCAGGCUUUGGGGAGUCUCAAAGAUUCCAAAGGGUCUUGCAAGGUCAAGAAGUGUUUCACCCUUAUGAAGGAGGAACUUUGUCUGAUGCUGUUAUAAGAGGUUCUAGCUUCUGUCAACCUGAUGGCAACUGUACAUCUGGUGCAACAUAUAAAUGGCUUACGUCACAGGGAUGCGAUUAUAGUGGGCCAGUAACACUAGCAAUGCCUCAAGCAUCCUCUCCAUUAUCUGUGCUAAUGUUCCCUCAAACUAGUUCCAAGAUACAUGGCUUUGAAUACGUAUGCAGAAGCCUGGAUAAGGAUGAUAAUAUUAGACAUGUUACUGUCAACGCUACUCAAGAUAUGGGAAGAACCAGUCAUACAUUACCUCUCUGGCCUCAUCUUGUUUCAGGCAAAGCAAUAGCUAGUUGUACUGGAACUAAAAAGUUGCACUCCAUCAGCAGUGCAGAGCAUGAACCAAAUGACAAGGAUGUUCACACAAAUGGCUGCAAAAUCUUUGGUAUCUCUUUGACUCAGAAGGUUCGAGUAUGCAAUGAAGUGGAAUGUAGCAGUGCGAAUUGUGAUUUCCAGCCUUUAAAGCCACAAAUGUCAAAAUCGCUAGGCAACAAUUGUGCUACUGUUCAUGAGCAAAGGCCUGCUGUUGGCAUGGUGGUUGACCUUUCUGCGGUUGAUACGAUGAUCUGAUUCGUCUAACUGUGUCCUGGGAGGAGAAGCGGGGCCUACAGCUUGAUUCAUGUUUGUGAUGUGAUACUCAAUGACGCAAAACUUCCACCUGAUUAUUUCAUCCCUAUGUGCACAGUUGGCACCGAGUUCAGUAAACACAUCAUGGUUGAUGAGUUGAUGAUGCUUAUCAAAUUUUUAAUGCACUUUUAGAAUUUGACUUGUUAUAACAUCUAUCUGAAGCUCUCUUUUGAAUCAUCAUUUAUGUUGUACGAGCUGCUAGUGUGUUUUUAAGCUGCACGCUAUGUAUGACUUGUUUGUACUAGCACGAUUUAAUUUCGAAGAACAGAUGUACAGUAGUUCUUA